AUGACUCCUCCGCGUGAGCCUAUUGCCAUCAUCGGGAGCGGCUGCCGACUUCCAGGAGAUGCAAGCUCUCCAUCAAAGCUAUGGGAGCUUCUCCGAGACCCCCGAGACGUGUCGCGAAAAAUCGACCGGUUCAACGCCCAAGGCUUCUACCAUCAUGAUGGCCAUUAUCACGGUGCUAGCAACGUGACUGAUGCUUAUCUAUUAUCAGAGGAUCCUCGGGCAUUCGAUGCUCAGUUCUUUGGGAUACAAGCUGGUGAAGCUGACGCGAUCGAUCCUCAGCAACGAUUGCUACUUGAGACGGUAUACGAGUCUUUAGAGUCAGCCGGACUACCAUUGGAGGAGAUGCGAGGUUCCACUACAGCCGUGUAUGUCGGCGUUAUGUGCGAUGACUAUGGUGGAAUCGUUAUAUUAUCGAAUCGUGUGUCCUACGUGUUCGACUGGCAUGGUCCAUCCAUGACAAUUGAUACAGCUUGCUCCUCCAGUCUAGUGGCAGUCCAUCAAGCAGUUCAAGUCUUGCGAGAGGGAACUUCAAAAGUGGCCGUGGCCGCUGGCGCGAAUCUGAUAUUCAGCCCAAACAUGUUCAUUGCCGAGACAAACCUCAAUAUGCUUUCCGCGACCGGAAAGUCGCAAAUGUGGGAUGCCAAUGCCAACGGUUACGCCCGUGGUGAGGGAACCGCCGCCGUGGUUAUGAAGCUCCUUAGUACUGCUGUCGCGGAUGGCGAUUGCAUCGAAUGUAUCAUCCGCGAGACGGGGGUGAAUCAAGAUGGUCAUACCACAGGAAUUACCAUGCCGAGUCAAGAGGCUCAGACGAAACUAAUACAAGAAACAUAUACACGUGCCUGCCUUGACUUGCGCAAUCCUGCUGACCGUUGUCAGUAUUUCGAGGCUCAUGGCACUGGCACAAAGGCAGGCGAUGGUGUUGAAUCCAAGGCCAUCUACAAUGCUUUUUUCCAGACGGGACAUAGCAAUAUCUCAGACGAGAGACUUUUUGUCGGGUCUAUCAAGACCAUCGUUGGCCACACGGAAGGGACAGCCGGUCUAGCUGGCGUCUUGAAAGCGUCCCUCGCUGUUCAACAUGGUGUCAUUCCGCCUAACCUUCAUUUCAAAGAGCUCAACCCGGAGAUUGCGCCGUAUUACGAGAAGCUGCGGAUUCCGACUGAACCGCAAGAAUGGCCACCACUACCAACACAUGCGGUGCGUCGGGUCAGUGUCAAUAGCUUUGGUUUCGGCGGGACCAACGCUCACGCUAUCAUCGAAUGCUAUGAUCCAGAGUAUCAUGGCUGUAAUACAGUAUUGCCACAGCUUCAACCUGGAGGCUCUUCUGUCAAUACAUUGCCGUUGACUUUGUCUGCCACUUCGGAAAAGUCAUUAUCAAACCUGAUCUCUCGGUAUCUGGAGCAUAUCAAGAAUAACCCUGACGAAGAUUUGCGUCGUCUCUCUUGGACACUGCAUUAUCGACGUUCACUUUUUCCUUUCCGGGCCUCGUUCGCGGCUCCAUCAACAGAUUCACUUAUCCCUAAGCUACAGUCCGCUCUAGAUGAUAAGGGGGACUUUUUGACACGAAGAACACCGGAAAGGAAGUCCCUUCUAGGCGUGUUCACCGGCCAAGGAGCUCAGUGGGCAACUAUGGGACGUGAUCUCAUCACGACAUCUCCAUUCGCUGAACAAGUCGUUGAGAGGCUGGAACAGGCCCUGCUGGGACUUCCAGCAGCAGAUAGGCCCCGGUGGUCUCUUAGAGAACAGAUGCUAGCGUCUACGGCCGAGUCGCGAGUUUCUGAAGGAGAGCUAUCGCAGCCGCUCUGCACAGCUAUACAGGUAAUUAUUGUCGACAUGUUGAAGCAAGCUGAUAUUACCUUUGACGCUGUUGUCGGUCAUUCCAGCGGCGAGAUAGGCGCUGCGUACGCUGCAGGAUUUAUCAAUGCUACCGACGCUAUUCGUAUAGCGUACUACCGUGGCCGAUAUGCACAUCUAGCCCAUGGACCGCAGGGUCAGCGAGGGGGGAUGCUAGCGGCCGGAACAACUCUGGAGGAUAUUCAGGAGCUAUGCGGAGUCCCUGCGUUUGAAGGUCGCGUCGUUAUGGCCGCCUGCAACUCAGCCUCCAGUGUAACACUAUCUGGAGAUAUGGAUGCAAUCGAUGAGGUGAAAGAAGUGUUAGAAGAUGAACAUAAAUUCAACCGGAAGCUUAAGGUGGACACAGCCUAUCAUUCCCAUCACAUGGUCCCUUGCUCUGUGCCGUACCAACAGUCGUUAGAUGCAUGUCGAAUCGAUAUACAAGACCCAAACGGCCGCUGCCGAUGGUAUUCCUCGGUGCACAAUGGCAAGAGGAUGGAUGUAUGCGAUGAGCUGAAGCAUCAGUAUUGGGUUAAGAACAUGGUCAAUCCAGUCUUAUUUUCCCAGGCAUUGGAGGCCGCCUUGACGCAUGGUCCUACACCGACAAUGGUCAUUGAGGUUGGGCCUCACCCAGCGCUGAAAGGUCCAGCAACGUCAGUGAUUGAAGAAAUCCUUGGAUUGAACCUCCCAUAUGUAGGAACUCUUGUCAGAGGCCAGGACGGCAUCGAUGCCCUAGCUUCAACCGUGGGAUCUGUCUGCCGUUACUUUGGUCGAUCUGCUGUCGACUUACGAUCCUAUGACCGGCUAUUCGGCCACGGGGAGGAUCCCUUGUUCCUCCGAGGCUUGCCAUCCUAUCCAUGGGAUCAUGACCGUUCAUUUUGGUUCGAGUCCCGAGAGUCCAGAUCGCAUCGUCUGCGCAAUAACCCUGCUCACCCUUUGCUUGGGGUGCGGUUAUCCACCAGUAACGACCGUGAAUACCGUUGGCGCAACUACCUGAAGCCAGAUGAGAUUUCUUGGCUACAUGGCCACAAGAUCCAGGGUCAAACACUGUUCCCCGCCGCUGGUUUUCUGGUCAUGGCGGUUGAAGCUGCUCGCUUCGUUGCCGGACAUAGAUCACAGCCUCUUAACAUUGUCGAAAUAUCCAAUUUCAACAUCCAUCGUGCGUUGGGAUUCUACGACGAUGAAAAAGGGGUCGAGAUUCUUGCCACACUGUCCAAUGUCACCAUUAAUUCUGCUGAUGAUGAUGCGACCGCUGUUAGUGCAGACUUCACUUGUGACACCUGUCCCCAGAAAGACAAUGGAUCUUUCAUCUCAGUUGCAAAUGGCAGGAUUAAAUUGUUGCUAGGAGAGUCUUCGUCAUCGACAUUGAUUGAUCGCCCCGAUAUGGAUUCGAGUAUGAUUGACGUCGACGUAAAUAUGUUCUAUUCCUCUCUUCAGUCACUUGGAUACAACUACGCGGGACUGUUUCGGAGUAUCACUUCUUUACGGAGGACCACUGAUGCAGCAAUGGGAGAGAUCCUCACGGCGGAAACCGUGAAUGGAACAGAAUAUGCUUCUGAAGACUUUCUUCUGCAUCCUGCUGCUCUCGAUGUUGCCUUUCAAGCCAUCUUUGCCGCUGUCAGUUAUCCUGGAGACGGCGCUCUUUGGACGCUGCAUAUCCCCACCACCAUCCGGCGUGUAACGAUCAAUCCCGCUGGGUGCCUGCGAAAUGGUGGUCUGAAUGUUCCACUAGCCUUUUCAGCAAACUCCCAGAUAUCCCCCGGUGGACAAAUCUCCGGCGAUGUGGAUAUCUUCCCGCACAAUGGCCAGAACGCCUUCUGUCAGGUAGAAGGCCUGGAGGUCACGCCUCUCUCUCCUUCCACAGAGAAAGACGAUCGCCAAAUGUUUGCAGAGAGCCUGCAGUAUAUUGCUUCGCCAGACGCCGAUAUCGUGUUCAGACCGAUCCUUUCCACAAGUGAGGACCAGAUAGAAGCGAUACAGGUUGAACGAUUAGCACUAUACUACCUGCGCAAAUUUCUCGGAUCAACUGUAAACAAGCCUGGGUUCCGGAUCUGGGCCCAGCGCGCAGUUGACAUAAUAGCGUCAGGAGAACAUCCGACCUGCAGGCAGCAAUGGCUUUUGGAUACAUGGGACGAUGUAGAAUCAGCAUUAGGAGCCAUCCGCCCAAGCUCCAUCUAUCAAAGUGAUGUUAGGAGGAUCAAGGCACUCGGCGAGACCUUUGAGCCAACAGGGGAUGCUGAAAUCUCCACUGAAAUAAACAGGCUACGCGAUUUCUAUGAAGCUUCCUUCGGUGUAUCACAAUCGCGGCAAUAUUUGGCUUCCCUUACUUUCCAGAUAACUCGACGUUACCCUCAAACGUCCAUUCUGGAGCUGCAAACGGUAAAUGGUAGCGCCACGAGGACAAUCAUCAACCAUAUUGGCAACUCUUUCUCGGCAUAUACCUGCACCGACUCAUUUGAUACGAGCUUCGACGCUCUACAUGAAGAGUUUGGGUCUCUAGACCGUACCUUAUUCUCGACUAAGAAGAUUAACAUUGAUGAGGACCUUCAAGCACAAGGUUUCUCUGGUGGCUCAUACGACCUCAUAAUUGCACCUAAUGGUAUACAUGGCGUUCAGGAGUAUUCCCAGGCUUUGAGAAAUCUUCGCGCUCUUCUGAGACCAGGCGGCUACUUGCUGGUGCUGCAAGUAACCAACCCAGAUACGUUGAGGGUUGGUCUCACCGUCGGUGCCUUGGAUAGGUUGCCGGAGAGCUUUCACAGUCAUGGGACACCUUUCCUUGAUUUGAGUGAAUGGGACACACUCCUUCGAACCACUGGAUUCUCCGGUGUUGACACUGCAACACCAGAUGGCCCCGUUCCCUUUUCAGUCUUUGUUACCCAGGCAGUCGACACCCAGAUCAAUACCAUGCGUCAGCCAAUGGGCAAUAGCAGUAUUGUGAUCGACCAUCUUCUGAUAAUUGGAGGCCACCGGUUCCCCGUAUCGCGCACCGUACGAGAACUCCAAGAAUUGCUGGGGCCAUUCUGUAAAAGCAUUACUACCAUCAAGUCCAUGGAUGAGCUUGAUGCUGCCACCCUCGUGUCGAGGCCACUUGUCCUCAGCGUGACGGAGCUGGAUUCCCCGUUCUUUCUCUCUUUGACGCGACGUAAGUUCCAGGCAUUGCAAAAGCUCUUCGAUCGUUGCAAAACUGUGCUGUGGGCCGUUGAAGGUGCCAAUGGGGAGCUUCCCCAUGGUAACAUGAUGAAAGGCCUCGUGCGUUGCCUUCUCCCAGAGAUGCCACAUAUCUUCGCACAGAUCUUUAAUUUCCAGCCAUCCACCGCUGUCAAGGAUCGGUCGCGAAUACUAGCUCAAGCUAUUUUACACCUACAUAUUGCUAGUACCUGGAGAGACGGCUACGGCCCUCUUUGGAGCACCGAGCGCGAACUUACAAUCGAUGAUGGCAAAGUUUAUAUCACAAGAUAUAUACCGAACGAGUUCCUAAAUCGUGGAUACAACGCGAUUAGGCGACGCGUUACUGCCGAGGCCUCACUUGAGGAUCGGACUAUUGCAGUCAUCACAGACAAGGAAUCAUAUGCCCUGCAACAAUACCGCGUUCCGCCUGUCCCGAGAUAUAUGCUUCUUCAGGGGGGACUCUGCACUGUCAAGAUUCAUUACUCUACUCUAUGCUCGCUGAAGGUCGGAAAUUUAGGCUACUUUUACUUGUGCUCUGGUAUCGACCGAGAGUCUAAUUCGUCUAUCCUCAUCCUCUCGGAGCAACACCAGUCUGUUCUGACAGUACCACGGACUCGCGUAGUUGCUUGCAAUCUCCCGAGGAACCAUGAACGCAAUAUGCUUAUUUCUGUUGCCGGUGUACUUCUCGCUAAUUCUAUCACAGAGAAGAAUGGCGCUAACAGUACCAUCAUCGUAUAUGAACCACCUCCACUAAUAGCCUAUUUUGUUGCUCGAAAGGCUACCCAGAAAGGCAUACAUCCAGUUUUUACGACAACAAGACGGGAUGAUGCCGUUCAUAAUAACUGGACAUAUAUCCAUCCCCACACACCAGACCGCCACUUGAGAAAACUUGCUUCUAGCAAGGUAUCUGCAUUCAUUUCCUGUUCCGAAGAUGCUGUGAAAUCUCGCAUUACCGACCAUUUGCCCAUUGGAGUCCAUGGACUCUCAAUCACUGACUUCCUCAAGUCCUGUUCUUACGUCUAUCCAGGACUCAUGGAAAAAAGUAUCCAUGAAGCCCUUCUUGACGCUUACAAUGAAGCAUCUUCGGUUAAUAUCUCGGACGUGUCUCUUGACACCCUCGAAGACAUUGCGCUGCACGAUGUGGCUAAGCAACCUGUAACAGCGGGUCGCAAUCUUCAAGCGGUUAACUGGACAAGCGCGGCACCUGUUCUGGCACGAGUAACUUCGGCGAUGGAAGAAGUCACCUUCAGCGACUGCAAAACAUAUUUCUUGAUCGGGAUGACAGGAAACCUGGGAUUGUCGACAUGCCUUUAUAUGAUCUCGCGCGGUGCCAAGUACUUUGCUCUAGCAAGUCGGAACCCCAAGGUUGAUCAGCAAUGGUUGGAUCAUGUUAGCUUGACUUAUGGGGUGAUAGUAAAUGUUUUCUCAUUGGAUAUCACGAGUCGGGAAUCAUUGAUAGAAGUGUACCAAACAAUCUCUCGCACUAUGCCUCCCAUAGGAGGGGUGACGAACGCUGCCUUGAUCAUGCGCGAUGGUGCCUUCAUGGACAUGGACUCUGACGACAUGAACCAGGCGUUGCAGCCCAAGGUAGACGGAAGCAUUUACCUUGACGAGCUAUUCUCGGAUCAUACCGAUCUUGAAUUCUUUGUUCUCUUUUCCUCUCUUGUCUAUAUCACUGGUAACGCGGGCCAGGUUGCUUACGCAGCUGGAAAUGCCUUUAUGGUAAGCCUGAUACACGGUAGGCGUCAGCGCGGCUUGGUUGGUAGCGUCAUGAACCUGUCGGGAAUCAAGGGUGUGGGAUAUAUCACCCGGACUGACCAUGGAAUCUUGAAUCGCCUCGAUAUUUUGGGAUACGGAGUCAUGUCUGAACGGGACUUCUUAUACUUCUUUGCCGAGGCUAUCCUAGCUGGACCGCCAAAUUCCGGUCGCAACCCGGAGAUUUCAGCUGGUCUACGAUUCUGCGACCCUCACAAGGACGCUGCCCCUCCAGCUUGGAUCGAGGAUCCAAAGUUCAGUCACUACCGAGUUCAUCAUAACCAGAAUGAUGGUCAAGAAGGCGGACAUCAAGUUACGUCUGUUAAGAAUCGACUUUUAGGCGCCCAAUCUGAGAAGGAGGUCUUUGAUAUCAUCCUUGAUGCUUUAUUGGCAAUGCUACACAGGAAACUGAGAUUACAACCAGAGAACGCUGUGCCUGCAGAUGUGGCCAUCGUUGAACUCGGUGUGGAUUCUUUGGUGGCGGUUGAGAUGCGUUCAUGGUUCACCAACGAGUUCAACCUGGAUAUUCCCAUCAUCAAGAUACUUGGAGGCGCUACGGUCUCAGCUCUCAUCUCUGACGCUAUUCCAGAGCUCUCCCAUGAGACUAUCCCAAAUCUCGCCAAGGAUGCGCCUGCUAAGCCAGCCGAUGCUAUACCGCCAUCCAUGUACAAGAGCUCAGACUCAGGGUCAGGCUCUUUCGGAGAAUCAGAGUCGCACUUGGACUCUAAUUCUACCCCUGAUGAGUCAACUGAUACAACGGCGAGUAUACCUGACGUGGAAGAGAAGACUUCGCCCCUGGUCUUUCAGAGAAAGGAGAAGAUGUCUUACGGAUCAUCACGCUUCUGGUUCUUGCGGCAAUACCUGGAUGACAAAACCUGCUUCAAUAUUGUUUUUCGGGCCCGGAUUACCGGCAAGAUCAAUAUUAAGAAAUUCGAGGAGGUCGUCCGCCAGAUAGGCAGCCGCCAUGAGGCCUUCCGGACAGCCUUUUACGCUGAUAAGGAGCGUCAGGAUGAGCCAACCCAGGGAGUUAUGGUAGAGUCGCGGUUGCAGCUUGAAGUGAACAAGAUUACUCACGAAGACGAGGCUCUUAUUGUUACUAAUGACUUGCUCGAUUACAGCUUUGACAUUGAAGGUGGUGAGACGAUACGAAUGCUGAUGUUGUCCUUGUCACCAGAAGACCACAUUUUAGUUUUUGGGAUGCAUCAUAUUGCUAUUGAUGGAUUCAGCUUCAACGUUCUCCUCACUGAGAUUGAUAUGCUCUACCGGGACCAGCCUUUGCCCAUUAUUCGUCGACAGUUCACUGAUUUUGCUGUACAGCAGCGGCGUGAGGUUGAGAAUGGCCAGACGGAUAAGGAACGAGCCUUCUGGCGGAAUAUGUAUCCUGACAUCCCUGAACCUCUUCCUCUUUUCCCACUCGCCAACGUUAGCUGCCGAAAGCCAGUGAUGAGAUAUGAACAUGAAGAAGCGUCAAUAAUCUUAGACCGUGCUACUGCGGAGAGCAUCCGGACAAGGUGUCGUGAAAACAGAUCCACUAUCUUCCACUUUUUCCUGGCUACUUUACAGGUCCUGCUCUUCCGGUACCUGGACGUAGAAGAUUUGUGCAUCGGAAUUGCAGACGCCAAUCGGCACGAUGUCAACACACUGACAACGGUCGGAUUCUUGCUGAACUUGCUUCCAUUACGCUUCAAUGCUCCAAAUGGAGCUUUUGACAGCGUGCUUGCUGCGGCCAGGAAUCUGGUCUACUCCUGUUUGGAGCAUUCAAGGUUCCCCUUUGAUGUUCUAAUCGAGGAUCUCAAUAUACCGCGCUCGUCUACCUACAGUCCCCUAUUCCAGGUUCUCUUGGACUACCGACAGUUCGCCGUCAAAAGUCCGCCGAUGCUGAAUUGUCGGGCCGAGGGUGAACGUAUCAUGGGCCGCACGGCAUACGACUUACUGCUGGAUAUCACAGACUUCUCUGGCUCAGAUAUCUCUAUCAAGCUCCAGACACAGAAAUCAUUGUAUUCACGUCAGCACACAGAAACCCUUCUUCGGAGCUAUGUGCACCUGAUCCACUUCUUUGCGAAUGACUUCAAGGCAGAGACUAGCAACGCUCCUCUGUUUUCAGAGAAUGAAAAAUGGAAGUCUAUCCGCCAUGGACGAGGGCCAACGUUUACUUCAGAAUGGCCAGAAACUUUGUCUCACCGAAUCGACGAUAUAUCCACUCAAUACCCCGAGGACGUCGCCCUUCGGGAUGGCUUGGGUGUCGUCAUGACAUACCGCGAUAUGUCAUUGAAAAUGGACGCGAUCAUUGAUCAGCUGCAGCAGGCCAGGAUAGAGCCAGGGAGCAGGAUCGCAGUAUUCCAGGAGCCAUCCGCUCUGUGGAUAUGCUCUCUGCUGGCUAUCUGGAAGGUUGGGGGUAUAUACCUGCCCUUGGACAGUCGCAAUAGCCUAUCCCGACUGGCAUCCAUUGUGACCAACUGCAAGCCAGAUGCCGUGCUCUGCACUACGGAUACACUCGCUCAUGCUCCUUCUCUCGGGUUUAACGGAUCUAUGAUCGACGUCCGAACAGCUGCGCGGGCCCCAUUGUUAGCUCGUCAUACGAAUAAAGCUGCUGGAUCUUUCACGGCCGUCAUCCUUUUCACCAGCGGAUCUACCGGGACACCAAAAGGAAUUGAAAUCAGCCACUCCAGCCUGAGAAAUCUGUUCGAAGGUUAUCAGAAGACCGGCGAUCUCAGCAGACAUACUGUCUUGCAGCAGAGCGCUUACAGUUUUGACCUGUCACUAGAUCAGAUCUUGACAGGCCUCACGGGUGGCGGUUCUAUCUAUGUUGCUUCUGCUGAGCAGCGUUUGGAUCCCCGCGAGUUGGCGCGAAUCAUUGCCCAGGAGCAUAUCACCAGUACCACGGCUACUCCCUCUGAAUACUCCAGCUGGAUCACGUACGGUAAACCUAUGUUGCUGUCAGCCAGAAAGUGGACUCGGGCGAUAAUUGCCGGUGAACGCUGGACAAGUGCUUUACGAAAAGCCUUUCAGGAUUUACAUCUACCUGGUCUCCGUCUGCUGAGCUGUUACGGACCUGCGGAAACAACCAUCUACUGCACAAAGAUGGACUUGCCAUCAGACGAUACGGGCAUUAUCCCCGUUGGUUGUCCAAUCCCCAACAGUUCUAUUUACGUGGUAGAUAACCAGUUGAACGUACUCCCUCCGGGAGUUGUGGGAGAGAUCGUGGUUGGAGGCGCCGGGGUUGCAGUGGGAUAUUUCGACAAUGCGGAGCUGACCAACGAUAAGUUCUUCACUGACCCUCAUGCGUCAUCAGAAUUCGUUGCAGCAGGCUGGACCAAAAUAUAUAGGACUGGCGACAUCGGUUAUUUGCAGGAGGACGGCUCCCUGGUCUUUGUCUGUCGGGUCGACGGCGACACACAGGUCAAACUGCGCGGUAUACGAAUCGAGCUGGAGGAUAUUGAGAACACAAUCAUCAAGGCAUCGGAUGGUGCAAUUUCUCAAGCUGUAGUAUCUGUUCGCGGUGAAGGCAACGAGUCUCGGAUUCUGCUUGCAUUCGUCGAAUUCGCUCCAGGACAGUCACUCAGUCAGGAGGAACUCUCUCAUCUGCUUGGCCGUCUUUCUCUUCCACAGUACAUGAUCCCAACGAUGCUGAUUCCACUUGAUGAUGGAAUCCCUCUAACUCCCCACAAGAAGGUUCAUCGACGGGCAAUCGACAACAUGCCUCUGCCUCAGACACAUCACAUUGACGGUGAACAGAACUGUCUGAACGCCACGGAGGUCGCUCUCAGAGAAAUAUGGGUAGAAAUGCUUCCAAAGGAAAUCACUGCCGCAGUACCUAUCGACAAAAAGACCGACUUUUUCUACGUAGGAGGAAAUUCUCUUCUGUCCGUUCGGCUACAGGCCCGCAUCCGAGAUAUUUUUGGUGUUUUCCUGCCCUUGGUAGAUCUGAUCGAAUCAAGUACGCUGGAAGACAUCGCUAUCCAUAUUAACAAUCGGUUAAAUGAACAUGCAAUCGAUUGGGACGCAGAGAUUGCCGCGGACGAGGAUAUCCUAUCGAUCAUUCCGGGAGAAGCGACGCAGAACAGUGGUCAGCCACAAACUGUUCUCCUGACAGGUGCUUCUGGCUUUGUUGGAAGCUCUAUCCUGCAGAAAUUGAUUUCGGAUGAUCGAGUAUCGCGCAUCCAUUGUGUUGCCGUACGGGAGGGCGCUGCACGGGAGAAAAUGCGCUCAAUGACAUCGGAAACCACCAAGGUCAUUAUCCACGAGGGAAAUUUGGCAUCUCCUGCUCUCGGCCUACCUGAAAAUACUUUUGCGUUACUGUCCAAAGAAACGGACGUCAUCAUUCACUCGGGCGCGAACCGUUCUUUCUGGGGCCGUUAUGACUCCCUCCGCGCCGUAAACGUGCUUUCAACCAAGGAACUCGUUCGAUUGGCCGCUUAUGCUCGCCGUGAUCAUGGAAAGGCCAUUCCUAUUCACUUCUUGUCAACAAGCAGUAGCUGCUAUCGUGACGCGAACUCCAGGCCCCCUACGGACGGCUCCAUGGGUUAUGUGGCAUCGAAAUGGGUUAGUGAGAGAUACUUGGAGAAUGCAGCCGCCCGGCACUUGGGAUUACCAGUGUACAUUCAUCGAAUGGCUCCUCCGGCAUCGAGUGAGGGCCUAGAGGGACACAGAAACGACGAUGAUAAAAACACCGAGAAGGAACGCAUUUUCCAGGAAUUCAUCUCGAUCAUCUCCCGGAUAAAGCUCAUUCCAUCAUCAGACACGUGGGGCGGCCAGUGGGAUCUGAUUCCCGUACGACAACUCGCAGAAGAUAUCGUGGAAGGAGCAGUGGUAUCGCAGAUAUAUAGCACUGCCAAUUCUGCCGCUAGUCAGCAGAAUCCACUUGUUCGCUACCAAAUGCACUUUAGCACUGUGCGGAUGACAAUGGAUGAGGUGGUCCAGGCAUUGGAGGAGGCGAUACCAAUUAGACAAAAGGGGUACCAGGAAAUACCGGCCCAUAUCUGGGUUGGGAAAGCGAAAUCGGCAGGGUUUUCUUAUCAUUUUGCGUCGAUGGAUAUGUUUCUCCUAAAGGACCAGAACGGAGAUGUUGUCGGUGAAUUGCGUCGUUGAUGGACCAUCCCCGCUAGCACAGAACCCUACUUCGUUACGUCGGCAUAUAAAUAUAUGUGUGUAUAAAGUCACUAUUAUUACAUGAUAGUACAUUCACUUCAAAGCCACAGAACAUAGAAACACUGUGAAUAUCUGACUUUGCC